CGCACACACAACACAACACAGUGACAAUUUCCCUUUCUGUAAAUUCGAAAAAUAGGAGGGAGAGCAAUUACACUAUUUUACACACACUCUUUCUCUCUCCUCUUCCUCCCUUUCUCUCUCUACACAUGAGAGAGCAACAAUGGCGAACCUCUCCAGCCUGGUGCACGAACUUCGUGAGCGCAUAGCGGCCUCGUCGUCGACCUCAUUCACCAAGCAAAACGACGAAGUUUUAGAGUCCCGAUUUCGCGCCGUCAUCCCCAGUCUUCUCCUGACCUACCUCAUCCCUUCUUCAUCUUCCAAUAAAGAGAGGGAAGUGAUUGCGGUGCUUAAGCUGUUGGCGCAAACUGCGAAGAAUUUCCCGGGGGUUUUCUACCACGGGAAGGCGAACGCAGUGCUUCCUGUUAUUGGCCGCAUAUUGCCCUUCUAUGCUGAACCGGCGUUUCGGUCCAGAACUGGUGUUAUUUUUGAGACUGUUGGAUCUCUUCUGUCCUUGCUCCGCACAGGCGAUCGAGAUGUGUACCGCCAAUUCUUCAUGGAUGUUAUGUCCCUAAUCGAAGAUCUUCUAUAUGCUGCCUCGAUAUACAAUGAGAGAGGAUUAAAGGAACCCACUCGAUUGUUGUUAAAAUCCUUUGCCAAGUCUUUUUCCAGAGGUCGUGGCGAGCCUGCCCUUCUGGAUGAUAUCCCAUUAUGUAACAGGCCAGACAGUGGAGAUGGAAUAUUAGUUGAUCUUACAGGAAAAGAAAGAUGGCUACCCUUUGCCACCUCAGCCAUCAAGCUCCUAUGUAAAUGCUUGACUGAAGGCACAUUAUAUGUUGAAGGGCUUCUGGAUGCAGCAUGUGUUUUGUCUAUCUGCAGUCUUUUGUGCUACGGGGAUGAUGAUCUGCACAUGGCAUGUUUCGACUUUGUGCGCAUUGUUGGUGUACGGAAAAAUGGUGAGGUUCUACCUACUGAAAAACUGAUACAAACAUUGACAAUCAUUCUAAGUGAAGAUGUUGAAGCAGUUUCUGUAUACAGGUUAUUAUCUCACAGAAUAAAUAAAAUUUUGAUUGUCAGAGAUGCAGCUUAUGAUUCUUCUCUGGGAGGAUGUCUUCAGUCCUUGCAUUCUGGUUGUUCUGAUGAUGUUGUGAGGUCAACGGCAGCUGAUAUUGUACGCAUCUUUCCUGACUCGAUGCUGAAGACGAAGAGCUUGGAGCUCAAGGCUGGCCUGUGCAGCGCAUAUAUUCGAAUUGCAAAAGUAUGUCCUCUCUCUUCCUGGAGGCCAGAAUGUCUAAUUUCUAUGCUUUGCUCACCCAAGCCCAAUUUUCAUUUAAUAGACUGCUUCAAAGCUGCUGUUUCUACCCUUGGUUCUAGUCUGAUUGGAAGGACGAUAUCUGGUGAUAGUCAUAAUGCAUCAAGGGAUGUAUGCAAGUUUAUCAGCAGUUCCACUGGAGUUGAAGAUGAAGAAUAUGCUGAUUAUAUGUGUACCUCAUUGAAUCUGUUAGUGGAAUUUCUAAAGCCUCCUGAUGAGAGCUCUAAUUCAUUGAAAGCGGAAAUUUCCUUGACAGCUGUUUGCACACUCUGUAUUGUGUUUACGGAAUACCCUCAAGCCAACCUUUCUCAUUGUGUGUUUCGGCAAAUGUGCAAGUGGAUUUCUUGGAUGUUUGAUCAGGUGGAGGAAGGACUUCUUAUUCCUCCCGGUCUAUCAAUUUUCUUAGCAGCAAUUGACAGCUUACUAUUUUUGCAAGGAUCCCUACCUAGAGAAAGUAAGCUAACAAUCUUUGAAAGUGCUGGUGACAUUGAAGAUUUGUUGCGACCAGUGUUAAGGCUUCCAUGGAACUGCAAUCAUGCAGUAAUAGAAUCCCAUCCUUCUUGGAAGGCAAAAUGUCUCUCGAUUCGCAUUCUAUCCAGGCUUGGAUGUACAGCACAACAUAGUGUGGAUCUUGAUAUUCUGGAUUUGGGCCUUCAUGAUGAUGACGAAGAAGUUAGAGCAGAAGCUAUCAUGUCUAUGCCAGUGAUUGUCCUAUUUUCUGGCUCUCCUCUUUUACGGCCUAUGUUUGGCAGACUAGAGAUCCUAAAGAAAGAGAAAGUUGAGCAAGUCAAGAAAACAAUUUCCCUCUGUCUUGGUUAUCUGGCAUGCCUACAUGGAUAUUGCAAUGAGGUUGCUGCGCAUUUGAAAGCUGAAUGUAAAUUGUACUUGAGGAAAGACAAGGAGAAAGAUGAUAUACCUAUGGACCAUCUGCUGCAAGGAUUCUGGUGCUCAACGUGUGACUGCAGUACUCCAGUCAAUUAUGGUCCAUGUCUGAAUGUUACUUUGCCCAACAUGCAUGAAGAACAUUUGCUUUUGGAUUGCAAUUAUACCUAUUUGCAGUCUCUCUUUCUUGAGCUCCUCUAUGAUGAGUCAUCAGAAGAAGUUCAAGUUGUAUGUGUAAAAAUGAUUGUGCGUAUCCUUAUGCAUGGACCUAAAGAUGUUUUGCUUGAGACAAGAUCUCAGUGGGUGCAAUGUGUUGAUCUUUUACUCCUUCACCGGAGCAAAAACGUUAGACAAGCAUUUGUGUCAGAAGUUGUUAUCUUUCUCAAGGAGCCUAUUUUGGACUGCUUGUUUCCUUGCAAUGAUGGUAUAAAUAAAUCUAAGGAACAGAGAUUCAUGGACAAAAUAAAACAUGCUUUGGCAGCUGCUGAGGAUCCUCUGGUUUUUGAAACUCUUCUAGAAACUGCAGCAUCAAUCAUGCAAGCUGUUGAUGUUCAUAGUCAAUUCUUUUUGUUCUCUCUUAUUUUAUUGAUCGAUCAGCUUGACAACCCUUAUGUUACUGUGAGGUUGAUUGCUUCAAAGUUGAUAAAGAGAUCAUGCUGCUUGCACCAUACAGGGGGGCUUGAAGCACUUCUUUCAAAAGUUCUUCACAUCCAAAAUGAAUUGUAUGAUUAUCUCUGCAUGAGGCUUACGAAUCAGCCGAAAAUGGUUGAAGAAUUUUCAGCAGCAGUUCUUGGCGUUGAAACUGAAGAACUUGUCAAACGAAUGAUUCCUGUUGUUCUUCCGAGGCUUGUGGUGCUCAAGCAUGAUAACGAUCAAGCUCUAGCAACUUUAUAUGUGUUGGCCAGUUAUUCAAAGUCUGACAUGGUGCAACUAAUUGUUAAUUGGCUGCCCAAAGUACUGGCCUUCGCUCUUCAUCAAGCUGAUGGACAGAAAUUAAAUUCUGCUUUGCAAUUCUACCACGAGCAUACUGAAUCUGACAAUCAAGAAAUUUUCGCAGCUGCUUUACCUGCACUUUUGGAGGAGCUUAUUUGCUUCAGCGAUGUCAAAGAUUCUGAAGAAAUAAGUAAAAGGCUAGCCAAGGUACCCCGCAUGAUAAAAGAAGUUGCACGAAUUUUGACUGAUAGUGAAGAUCUUCCAGGAUUUCUGAGGAACCAUGUUGUUGGCUUGCUGAACAGCAUUGACAGAAAAAUGCUUCAUGUGGAGGACAUGUGUCUGCAGAAACAAGCCAUCCGACGCAUAGAAAUGCUGAUUAAUUUGAUGGGCUCACAUCUUAGCACGUAUGUACCGAAAAUCAUGGUUCUUCUCAUGCAUUCUAUCAAUAAGGAAUGGCUUCAGGGUGAGGGUCUCUCGGUAUUGCAUUUUUUCUUAAAGCAAUUAGCGAUUGUAUCUCCAUCUAGCACCAAGCAUGUUGUUUCUCAAGUUUUUGCGGCUCUUGUCCCAUUCCUGGAGAAAGAGACAGAAAAGUCAUCUCCCUUUAUGAUUAAAAUUGUUGAGAUAUUGGAAGAACUUGUGGUUCAGAAUAAGGUUGUUCUAAAGCAACAUAUCCGUGAGUUCCCAACUGUACCCAACGUUCCUGCCCUGACAAGAGUGAACAAGGUCAUUCAAGAAGCACGUGGAUCCAUGACCUUGAAAGAUCAAUUACAUGAUGUUGUGGAGGGACUAAAUCAUGAAAAUUUGAACGUAAGAUACAUGGUUGCAUCUGAGCUAAGCAAGCUGCUGAACUUAAAGAGGGAAGAGUUCAUGGCUUUGUUCACCAAGGAAGCGGAUUCAGUAAUGGAUGUAGUGAGCUCCUUAAUAACAUCACUUUUUAAAGGCUGUGCGGAGGAAUCAAGGACUUCAGUUGGACAGCGCUUAAAGCUGAUAUGUGCAGAUUGCCUGGGUGCUAUUGGUGCUAUCGAUCCUGCGAAAAUCAAGGUUAAUCCCAGCACAAGGUUUAAAAUUGCAUGUUCCGACGAUGAUUUAAUUUUUGAGUUGAUACAUAAACAUCUAGCUAGGGCUUUCAGAUCUGCACCUGAUACUAUUAUUCAAGAUUCAGCUGCCUUGGCUAUUCAGGAGCUACUAAAAAUUGCAGGAUGUGAGGCGUCACUUGAUGAGAAUGUUCUGGAACGGACAAAAAACACGAAGGUGGGCAAAUUGUCUAAUGACUAUCCUGCAAUGUCUGGUAGGGGGCAGAGGUUGUGGGACAGGUUCUCAAAUUAUAUUAAAGAGAUAAUAGCCCCUUGCUUAACAUCACGUUUCCAACUUCCUAACAUGUCUGAUUCUGCUGCUUGUGGUCCUAUAUACCGCCCUUCCAUGUCGCUACGAAGAUGGAUAUAUUUUUGGAUUAAAAAAUUAACAGCACAUGCCACAGGUUCGCGGUCUGCAAUUUUUAAUGCUUGUCGAGGUAUAGUACGUCAUGAUAUGCAUGUAGCCAUGUAUCUUCUACCGUACCUUGUACUAAAUGCUGUGUGUGACGGUACUGAGGAUGCACGCAGUGGCAUAACAGAGGAAAUUUUGUCAGUUCUUAAUGCGGCUGCUUCAGAUAGUAGCGCACUUGCUGUUCAGGGUAGCAACUCAGGGAAAAGUGAGGUGUGCAUUCAAGCUGUAUUCACUCUUCUCGAUAAUCUAGGCCAAUGGGUGGAUGAUGUUAAACAAGAACUCGCCCUUUCCCAGCCACUUCAAUCGUGCAACCCUAAGCAGCUAGCCAACAAGUCGAAGGACCAGAAUAUGAACGUUUCAAAGGAUUCAAACCAGGCUCUUGUACAAUGCACAUACGUGGCAGAACUUCUGGGUGCAAUUCCUAAAGUUACUCUUGCUAAGGCCUCAUUCAGAUGUCAGGCCUAUGCCAGGUCUUUAUUAUACUUUGAGUCUUAUGUGCGCACCAAGUCUGGAGCUUUCAAUCCUGCUUCUGAAAAGAGCGGUGUCUUUGAGGAUGAGGACAUAUCCUUUUUAAUGGAAGUGUAUAGUGGAUUGGAUGAGCCAGAUGGAUUAUCUGGUCUGGCAUCUCUUCGUAAAUCAAAAAGCUUACAAGAUCAUAUCUUGAUUAAUAAAAAGGCAGGAAACUGGGCUGAAGUUUUGACUUCUAGCGAGCAGGCUCUCCAGAUGGAACCUUUUUCUGUUCAGUGGCACUCUGAUGUCCUUAAUUGCUUGCUCAACAUGUGUCAUUUACAGGCCAUGGCAACUCAUGUAGAUGGACUAAAUUCUAGGAUUCCUCAGUAUAGGAAAACAUGGUGCACCCAAGGGGUUCAAGCUGCCUGGAGGCUUGGGAGGUGGGACUUGAUGGAUGAAUAUUUGACUGGGGCUGAUGAAGAAGGUGUACUGUGUAGCAGCUGUGAGAGUAAUGCUCUGUUUGAUAAGGAUGUCGCCAAGAUUCUUCAGGCAAUGAUGAAAAAGGAUCAAUUUUCUGUUGCUGAGAAAAUUGCUUUGUCUAAACAAGCUCUAAUUGCUCCCCUUGCUGCUGCUGGGAUGGAUUCUUAUGCACGAGCCUACCCAUUUGUAGUAAAGCUUCACUUGCUUCGGGAACUUGAGGAUUUUAAUUCUCUUCUUAAUGGAGAGUCUUUCUUGGGAAAGAGUUUCCAACUGAAUGAACCUGAAUUCAAAAGAACAUUGGAAAACUGGGAAAGCCGGCUCAAACUUACCCAACCAUCUCUAUGGGCAAGGGAACCUCUCUUGGCCUUCCGGAGUCUUGUUUUUCGCGCCAGUGGUCUUGGCGCUGAACUCGGGAACUGUUGGAUACAGUACGCAAAGCUCUGUCGUUCAGCCGGUCAUUAUGAAACGGCUAAUCGAGCAAUUUUGGAAGCAAAGGCCUCUGGGGCAUGCAAUGUUCACAUCGAGAAGGCUAAGCUUCUCUGGAGCACAAGAAGGGCGGAUGGCGCCAUUGCUGAGCUGCAGCAGUCACUUCUCAACAUGCCCGUUGAGGUUAUCGGCUCUGCUGCUAUUUCAUCAAUGACCAGCUUAUACGUGGUUCCUAUUAAUCCUGCCCCUUUACUCUCUGAUAUUCAGUCUUUGAAUGAGAAUCGGGAUGUUGCGAAGACCCUUCUCUUGUACUCUAGGUGGAUUCAUUACACCGGUCAAAAGCAAAAAGAAGAUGUGAUAAAUUUAUAUUCCAGGGUGAAGGAAAUGCAGCCAAAAUGGGAAAAAGGAUAUUUUUAUAUAGCAAAAUAUUGUGAUGAGGUACUUGUUGAUGCUCGAAAACGCCAAGAAGACAGUACGGAGCAAUCUGGGAGAGUGAUGGUGUCUAAUUUAUCGCUUGCACCUUCUACGAAAGGGAAUUCCGAACGAAGAUGGUGGGCUUACCUUCCAGACGUGCUCUUGUUCUAUGCAAAAGGGCUUCACAGGGGCCACAAGAAUCUUUUCCAAGCACUGCCAAGGUUGUUAACUCUGUGGUUUGACUUCGGGAACGUUUAUCACCGAAGUAAUAUACAGUCCAGUAUGAAGAAUGUACAUACAAAGAUAAUGAGCAUCAUGAGAGGAUGUUUGAAGGAUUUGCCGACUUACCAAUGGUUGACUGUCUUACCCCAACUGGUCUCGAGGAUUUGCCACCAAAAUGAAGAAACUGUCCGCUUGGUGAAGCACAUAAUCACUUCUGUCCUUCAGCAGUAUCCUCAACAAGCCCUCUGGACCAUGGCAGCUGUCACAAAAUCAACCGUCCCUUCAAGAAGGGAUGCUGCUGCUGAGAUCAUACAAGCUGCUAAAAGAGGAGCAAGCCAAGGAGGUCCCAACCCUUUGUUUGUGCAGUUUGCUGCACUAGUGGAUCAUCUGAUUAGGUUAUGCUUCCAUCCCGGCCAAUCAAAGGCUAGAACAAUCAAUCUUUUGACGGAGUUUAGUUCUCUGAAGAGGAUGAUGCCGGUGGACAUUAUAAUGCCAACCCAGGAAGCUCUCACUGUGAAUCUACCAUCAUGUGAUGUGAAGUUAACAGAUUCUGGUACGUCUGAUCUAUUUUCUCAUUUGGAUCUGCCAACAAUAUCAGGAAUAGCCGAUGAGGCCGAGAUUCUUUCAUCACUUCAGCGCCCAAAGAAAAUCAUUCUCAUUGGCAGUGAUGGAUCUGAGCGCCCAUUUCUUUGCAAACCAAAGGAUGACCUACGAAAAGAUGCACGAAUGAUGGAGUUCAAUGCAAUGAUAAACCGUUUACUUUCAAAAAGCCCUGAAAGUAGACGACGGAAGCUCUAUAUCCGUACAUUUGCGGUGAUCCCAUUGACAGAAGACUGUGGCAUGGUUGAGUGGGUGCCUCAUACUCGUGGGCUCCGGCAUAUUCUCCAGGAUAUCUAUAUAAGCUGUGGGAAGUUUGAUAGACAGAAAACAAAUCCUCAAAUUAAGCGGAUUUAUGAUCAAUCGUCACAUGAUAAGAUGCCAGAAGAAGAAAUGCUGAAGACCAAAAUUCUGCCGAUGUUCCCUCCAGCUUUCCACAAGUGGUUUCUAAACACAUUCUCGGAGCCAGCUAUGUGGUUUAGAGCUCGAAUUGCCUAUGCCCAUACUACUGCAGUUUGGUCAAUGGUUGGGCACAUUGUUGGCCUUGGGGAUCGACACGGUGAAAACAUCCUUUUCGACUCUACCACGGGAGAUUGUGUCCAUGUUGAUUUUAGUUGCUUGUUUGACAAAGGCCUGCAGUUGGAGAAGCCAGAAUUAGUGCCCUUCCGACUGACUCAGAACAUGAUUGAUGGGCUCGGCAUAACUGGAUACGAAGGCACAUAUCGAAGGGUUUGCGAGAUCACACUUUCAACUCUAAGGGCGAACAAGGAGACACUCAUGAGUGUUCUGGAGACCUUUAUACAUGAUCCUCUUGUGGAGUGGACUAAGCACCAUAAGUCUAGUGGAGUCGAAGUACAGAAUCCACACGCACAGCGAGCCAUUAGUAACAUGGAAGCACGGUUACAAGGAGUUGUGGUCGGUGUAGGGGCAGCACCAUCGUUGCCUCUCGCCGUAGAAGGACAAGCUCUUCGUCUAAUAGCAGAGGCUGUUUCACUUAAAAACCUUGGAAAGAUCAUUGCCGAUAUUGUGAGGUUGCUUAGAUGACAUUGUUGUGGCCUUGCUGUGAGAGGCCAACGUUCAACCCCCAAAAUCCUGGUGAAAAACUGAUCAGCUGAGAUGUUUUGCCACAAGACAAGCCAGAUUGCCAGGAGGUAAGGGAAUAUUAAAGAAUAAUAAACAGUUGAAUGAAGAUUUUUUGUCACAAGACUUACCAGAUUGCCAGGAGCUAAUGGAAAAUUAAGGAUAAGAAACAGUUUGAGUGAUGAUAAGAAGCAUCAUUAGUGCCUCGCGCCAAAAGUUCUUCAGUUUUGCUACUGUUUGGGAUAAUUGCGGAAUAUCGUGCUGCUUUUAUUCAUGUUGUAUUCUAAACGAGGAUGAUAUUUUGGUAUGAAAGCAUGCAUCUUUUGGAAAAAGUGUAUUUAGAUCUAUCCAAUAAUAGUCAUACUGGGUCAUCGUAUAACUAUAAUGUUGUGCACUUGGAACAAAUUUAAUUUCCAACAUUAUGAAAGUCAAAUUUACAGUA